AUUAAGAGCCUACAUCAGAAAUGACAACUUCACGCCAGCGUCCAUCAAACUACCUGAGCCUUCUGUGGUGGACUGGCCCACAUCAGGAUUUAAGCAGCUUCAAAAGGACCACCAUCUUAUCCUUCCUAAAAUAUCCAAGGAGCAGAUAGAGGCCUACUUCAUUUACAGAAUGGCUGAUGACAGACAAGCACGGAAUGAUUUAAAGUCUAUAACAAAAGGACAACUGAUGUAUGAAAGUGACAGAGUACUGGCAUGCUCCAUACUUAUUCAUGAUAACAUAUACCUAAGUGGCAUUGUAGGAGCAGCAAUGAAGAAAAAGGUAUCCUACAUAUACAAGAUAAAACUAGACAAAAAGUCUGGAGAUCCUGUAAACACACACUGUGAGUGUCCAGCAGGGAAGGGGCCUCAUGGAACUGCAAACACAUUGCUGCAGUCCUCCUGAUGAUAUAAGAGUUUACAGAAUCAGGAGAACUCAGACUAGGGAAGUCGUGCACUGAUACUUUAAUGAUGUUUACAAAACCAAAAUCCUCCUAUGAUGGAUCUCCAGUCAAAGCUGAAAACCUUCCAACAAAGAGAAAGUUAGCUGCAGACUUCCUCAGUGACCCAAGGCCAGAGAAAAGAAGAAACUGUCCUGGAUACAACGACUAUGUAAAAUCUAUAG